AUAAAUUCAAGGAUCAAAAUAACCCUUUACUCUUCACCUAUUUAUACAAGGUGAUUAGACAGAAAAGAAAUAUAAACAACACAAAAACAAGCUAACUAGAUAACCAAAAAUGAGAAGCAAUGAACCUCGUUCAAGCUCAUCAUGUGCAGCCUGCAAAUUCCUAAAAAGAAGAUGCAUACCAAACUGUAUAUUCGCACCGUAUUUCCGGUCCGAUGAGCCCAAAAAAUUCGCCAAAGUUCACAAAGUUUUCGGCGCAAGCAAUGUAAGCAAGAUUUUGAUCGAAGUUCCUGAAGAACAACGUGAAGACACUGUAAAUUCUCUAGCUUAUGAAGCCGAAGCGCGGCUUAAAGACCCUGUUUACGGAUGUAUUGGUGCUAUAGUUUUGUUGCAGAGGAAAAUGGUUGAUUUGCAGAUUGAUCUCGCCAUUGCUAAAGCUCGUCUUGCUCGGUAUAAUACUCCGAAUAAUUCGAAUUCGGGUUUGAGUUUGAGUUCGAGUUUGAAUUCUGCUGUUUUGAAUGAGUUUCCUGCUUGUGGUGGAUUGGUUAUUGACAGUUUUAGUCCUAGUUCAUCUGAGCUUAGCCAAGAUGGAAUUAUUGGUGAUUUUAGUAAUUUUCCAUAUUUAAUUUGAUGGUUUUAGUUUAUGAUUAAGUGUUAAAUAAAUACUCUUUGUUUUUCUCUUGUCUAUCUCUAAUGUUAAUUAUGAUAUUAAGGACUUGGAAUCUGGUUUAUGUUUUAUAGUAUUUUUGGGAAAUUAGUUGAAUAAUUGAUGUUUUUAUGUGUAGAUAGAGCUGAAUGAUUGAAGUUUCUUCAGUCUAGUUCAUGUUAUGGAAAUUAUUUUUCCAUGUUCUAUAGCCCACUAGAAUUGCUUCUUGUUUUGGUGAUAUAUCAUUAAGCUUGUUUAAUGGGAGAGGAAGGGUUAAAAUUUGUUAAAGUUAAUGAACAAUAUUCUUUUUACAAAUUGUCGAUUA